AUACACAUGUACUUAUGUAUAUGUAUUUUUCUGUAUAUAUAUAUAUUGUUAAACUGUGCGAGUUUGUACAUCUCUCGUGGUUAUGUACUUGAUUACAGCAAAGUAGUCUGUACAUUUCAUACACAUGUACUUAUGUAUAUGUAUUUUUCUGUAUAUAUAUAUAUAUUUCUGUACAUUUCAUACACAUGUACUUAUGCAUAUGUAUUUUUCUGUUUAUAUAUAUUGUUAAACUGUGCGAGUUUGUACAUCUCUCGUGGUUAUGUACUUGAUUACAGCAAAGUAGUCUGUACAUUUAAUACACAUGUACUUAUGUAUAUGUAUUUUUCGGUAUAUAUAUAUAUAUUGUUAAACUGUGCGAGUUUGUACAUCUCUCGUGGUUAUGUACUUGAUUACAGCAAAGUAGUCUGUACAUUUCAUACACAUGUACUUAUGUAUAUGUAUUUUUCGGUAUAUAUAUAUAUAUUGUUAAACUGUGCGAGUUUGUACAUCUCUCGUAGUUAUGUACUUGAUUACAGCAAAGUAGUCUGUACAUUUAAUACACAUGUACUUAUGUAUAUGUAUUUUUCGGUAUAUAUAUAUAUAUUGUUAAACUGUGCGAGUUUGUACAUCUCUCGUGGUUAUGUACUUGAUUACAGCAAAGUAGUCUGUACAUUUCAUACACAUGUACUUAUGUAUAUGUAUUUUUCUGUAUAUAUAUAUAUUGUUAAACUGUGCGAGUUUGUACAUCUCUCGUGGUUAUGUACUUGA